UACAUCUAAUCACCGUUGGAUCUGAAACCCCUCAACCAUUUUAAUCCGUCCGAUAAACCCUGAACAUCUUAUCCUCUCGAACUUCACCUACUGCUAUUCCUUUUACCUUUUUUUCGCCUCUCCAGAAAUUAAGGCACCGAAACAACAAGAAGAAGAAAAAAAGUUGCUCUCCUUUUCUCUCUUUUUCACUAUAGUAACAAUACCCUUUUUUACGCUCACCAUCUUCAUCAUCCUCAUCCAAUUAUACUGGUUUUGUUGAGGUUUAUUUAUGAUGGAAAAUGGGGAGGAAGUAUCAGGCAAGACUCGGAUAGAGGGGAUAGAGGAGAGUAAUGGUGUAGUAGAUGAGAUUGUUGAAGUGCGGCCCAAGGAUAAGGCAUCUGUCAUGUCACAUGUAUCGAAGGAAUCGGAAGGGGAUGAAGUAUUUGAGGAGGCAAUAGAGCCAGAGACUCCUGUUGCUGGUGUUGAGGAUGGAGUUGUUAGUGAGGUGAGAAAUGAUGGCAAUUCUGGGGAUGUUGAUUGUUCUCUUGAGGACGGUGGGAACUCUGAGUCAAGGAAUGAUGUUGAGAACUUUGAGGAAGCAGUUGAAGCUUUGCAUGAGAUACAACAUGCCGAUGAUGAGUCUAAUCAGAAGGAAGAUGUUAGCUUGAAAGAGGUGCCUUCAGUUGAGAAAGAAAGUUUACAUGAAAUCACCGCAACGGAUGAAACAGAAGCGGUUGAGAAGAAUAUCAUAGUGGAGAAGGGUAAAGAUGACAUGACUGAGGUUGCAGAUCUGGGUGCUGCUAUAGAAACUGAAACUUCAGUAAAUCAGGAUGAAAGGAAAGAUAAUAAAUCAGGUGAACCAGCUGAACUUGAGAAUGGAGUUUUCGAUCAUGUGAACUUGGGAGAAACUCAAAGCCAUGAUGAUGCAAAGGAAACAAAUUCUGAUCUACAGGAUCAAGAAGUUCAUGGAAAAUUGGAUCCUCAGGAUGCUAAUGAGGCGAAAGGGGGUAAUAAUGUUCUGCCGAACCAUGUUCAUUCUUACAAAGAUGCUUUGCUGCAUGUUGAAAAGAAUGUUGAUGUCAUUGGAACAUCUGCUGUUCAGCCUUUUGGGCAUCAGCACGCUGCUGGCGUCCACAACAAUGUCUCAGUUAGUUCUGGUAGUUCUGGCGCUCUGCUGAAAGAUGAAGGAGAUACUGAAUUGGAAGGCGUGCAUUCCGUUCAUCGCAAACCUUUGAAUUUUGAUGUUAAGGAUGAAGAGCAGAAAGAUAUCUCCCCUAAUGAUGCUUCCACAAAUGUUCAGCUCAAUGAGAGCUUGAACCCAAGUGAUGAACUCAAAGAAGAAGCAGGGCCUAGUCCCGAACAAAUUAAUGGUUAUAAUAUGAAAGAAGAGCGGAUAGAUUUAGAAAGAACAAUGCCUAGUCCAGUAGCAGUUAAUGGUAGGGAUAAGGAUGAGGAGCAGCCGAUAGAUGGAGUAAAAGAAGUGCAUACUCCAGAACCAGUUAACGGAAGUCAGAAGGAUAAAGAGCAGCAGAUAGAUGGAGCAAAAACACUUCAUAGUCCAGAACCAGUUAACAGAAGUAAUAAGGUUGAAGAGCAGCAGAUAGAUGGAGUAGAAGCAGUGUGUAGUGCAGAACCAGUUAACAAUAGUAAGAAGGAUGAAGAGCAGCCGUUAGAUGGUGAAAAAGCAGUGUGUAGUCCAGAACCAGUCAACGGUAAUAACAAGGAUGAACUGCCAAUAGAUGGUCCAGGAAAUUUGAAAUCAAACGAGUCCCCUACUAUGGGACCAGGAAAUUUGAAUGACAGGACCAAUGAGCAGAAAAAUGUUCCUGUUUCUGGCACUUCAGCUUCUGAGAACCAUACUGGAGAUGAUGAAUUGUCUAAAUCAUCGGAAACGCUGCUGUCUAACAAUCAUGAGAUGGUCCCCGAGGUUUCUCAAGAUGCUGCAAGUGUUGGAGUUGAUAAAGAUUUGAAGGGAAUGGUAAAGUCAGUUGUUGCAGAGGAUCUGAAACAAAGUGCUUCUAGGGUUGGGGAACCAGAAACCAAAUCUGCAAUGGAGAACUCAUCAUCUUCUAGUGCAUCUGCAACUCGGACACCGACACCUGCUCGACCUGCAGGCCUUGGUCGUGCUGCCCCGCUAUUGGAACCUGCUCCCCGAGUGGUUCAGCAGCCUCGUGUAAAUGGAACAGCACCUCCUGCACAAAACCAGCUUGUUGAAGAAUCCACAAAUGGAGAGGCUGAUGAAUAUGAUGAGACUCGUGAGAAGCUCCAGAUGAUAAGAGUCAAGUUUUUGCGUCUAGCUCAUAGGAAUGGACAAACUCCUCAUAAUGUGGUUGUUGCCCAAGUCUUGUAUAGAUUGGGAUUGGCUGAACAGCUACGGGGGAGAACUGGAGGUCGUGUUGGUGCUUUUAGUUUUGAUCGUGCAAGUGCAAUGGCUGAGCAACUUGAGGCAGCUGGACAAGAACCCCUGGACUUCUCUUGCACAAUAAUGGUUCUUGGAAAAACUGGUGUCGGUAAAAGUGCGACCAUAAAUUCGAUAUUUGAUGAAGUUAAGUUUGUCACUGAUGCUUUCCAGAUAGGGACAAAAAAGGUUCAGGAUGUUGUUGGGACUGUGCAGGGAAUCAAGGUUCGGGUAAUUGACACUCCUGGGCUUCUGCCUUCCUGGUCAGACCAGCGCCAGAAUGAGAAGAUCCUUCAUUCUGUCAAACGAUUUAUUAAGAAGACACCCCCAGAUAUUGUUCUGUAUCUUGACAGGUUGGAUAUGCAGAGCAGAGAUAAUGGUGAUAUGCCAUUGUUGAGGACAAUUACUGAAAUUUUUGGACCAUCAAUAUGGUUUAAUGCCAUAGUUGUUCUGACUCAUGCUGCAUCUGCUCCACCUGAAGGCCCCAAUGGUACUGUAACAAGCUAUGACAUGUUUGUAACUCAGCGAUCUCAUGUUGUCCAGCAAGCAAUACGCCAGGCUGCUGGUGAUAUGCGCCUUAUGAAUCCUGUUUCACUAGUUGAGAAUCACUCGGCAUGCAGGACUAAUAGGGCUGGGCAGAGGGUGUUGCCUAAUGGACAGGUUUGGAGGCCUCACUUGUUACUUCUAUCAUUUGCAUCAAAAAUUUUGGCUGAAGCGAACACAUUGCUUAAAUUACAAGAUAGUAGCCAACCAGGACAGCCUUUUGCCACUAGAACAAGAUCCCCUCCUUUACCUUUCCUGCUGUCGUCCCUUCUACAGUCCAGGCCACAGGUUAAACUACCAGAAGAGCAAUUUGAUGAUGGGGAUGAGGCUUUUGAUGAUGCUACUGAUGAAUCUUCAGAGUCAGAAGAUGAAUCAGAAUAUGAUCAACUGCCACCUUUCAAACGUUUGACCAAAGCUCAGCUGGCAAAGUUGUCCAAAGAGCAGAAGAAGGCGUACAAUGAUGAGUUGGAAUACAGGGAAAAACUUUUUAUGAAAAAGCAAUUGAAGGAAGAGAGGAAGAGGCGGAAGAUGAUGAAGAAAAUGCAAGCUGCAGCUGAAAAUUUACCACCAACUUAUCCCGGUGAAAAUGUAGAUGAGGAGACUGGUGGUGCAGCAUCAGUGCCAGUACCCAUGCCAGACUUGGCGUUACCUGCUUCAUUUGAUUCUGAUAAUCCAACUCAUAGAUAUCGAUAUCUCGAUUCUUCAAAUCAGUGGCUUGUGAGGCCUGUUCUAGAACCUAACGGUUGGGACCAUGAUGUUGGUUAUGAGGGCAUCAAUGUAGAAAGGUUGUUUGUUGUUAAAGACAAGAUCCCUAUAUCUUUGUCCAGUCAGGUUUCAAAGGACAAAAAGGACAUCAAUCUUCAAAUGGAAAUUGCAGGUUCAGUGAAGCAUGGGAAUGGAAAAGCAACUUCUUUGGGUUUUGAUAUGCAGUCAGUUGGUAAAGACCUAGCUUAUACUCUUCGCAGUGAGACCAGAUUCUGCAAUUAUAGGAAGAAUAAGGCGACAGCUGGUCUUGCAGUGACUCUCUUAGGUGAUGUCAUGACAGGUGGGGUGAAAGUCGAGGACAAAUUGACUUUUAAUAAACGGGGCUCGUUGGUUGUGUCCGGGGGAGCCAUGUUUGGCCGUGGUGAUGUUGCUUAUGGUGGCAGUUUGGAAAUGACGUUGCGAGACAAAGAUCAUCCUCUUGGUCGUUUCCUCUCGACCUUGGGGCUCUCGGUUAUGGAUUGGCAUGGAGACCUUGCUAUCGGAUGCAAUUCACAGACACAGAUACCUAUUGGACGAUACGCAAACUUGAUUGGCCGUGUCAACAUUAACAAUAAAGGGUCUGGACAAGUCAGUAUUCGUCUGAACAGUUCAGAACAGCUUCAGAUUGCUUUGAUAAGCUUAAUUCCACUUGUCCAAAAGCUGCUUAGCUACUCUCAACCAGCGCAAUUUGGAUGAUAAUGAAAACUAAGGCCAGGCAACGUACCAUACAGCCAUUCAGUGACUUACAAAUCACUUCUAUAGUGGCCAUUAGAUGAUCAGCAUCACUGGACAUGCACUUUAUUUCUUGUGAAGAAAGGAAGGACUUGCAUUAUCUGGCUUCACGUGGAAAAAGUGUUUUGCAGAUCAUCGGACGUCAUUUCAGUGUAGCUUAAGAAGAGUAGAGCUUACAGUCGUCUUCAAAUUACAAUUUUGUCAUUUAUCAUGAUGCUGAGAUUGGCUGUGCUUGUGAACUUGAUCGGGUUAUCCUCCUAGACUGAAACUUUUUUAAGUCUUGUUUAGUUAGGUUUUUAAAUGUUGGUGAUAAAAAAUGGGUUAAUGAUAUAGCAAGUAGAGUUGUCUACUAUAAAAUGGGACUAUUAUAUUAUGUCGCUGCAACUGCAAGUGCAAGUGCCAUUUUCUGGUCUUCCUUUCCCCAGAUAAUAUCAAACUGCACUUUUGCAUU